CACUGCUCGGUACUCGAAACAGUCCCUGCAAAAGCAGUCCGCCAAACCGCUGGAGCGACGCCUUCAUCGCAGCCGUUCCCUGUGCUACCUUUCAAUGGAACACGGCUUGUGUUUCUAGCUGUAGCUCUACUGCACUGAAAACAGACCCGUCGUGUUCUCUUUUCGACAGAAUUAAUUCACUACCACCGUCGAAGACGAAAAGCUGCCAUUUCUGGGUCGUUAAAUCCGGUUGUGUGAAAACUUGCAGCUUCGGCUUGAUGUGAGAUUUGUCCUUCCUGUGUAAUUAUAUCUGCGCUAGUCUGUCGCUGACGUUCGGUCGUAGUUUUUACGGUCUUUACCGGCGUCGUUCAUUUAAAUGUUGUAGCUUAACGGCCAGUUUCUCAACCGCUUCUCAGCGACUUUUCAGUUGCUGAACACAAACAGAAAGACGGCUACAGCACUGAGGUAGCAGAGGAGGAGGAAAACCCCCCAAAACUCACAGGACAUGGAGUCGACCAAAGCUGGAGGCGUAAUAGCCUACAUCAGCUCAUCCAGCUCUGGCUCUAGCCCGGAGUCGUGCCACAGCGACUCGUCAAACGGCAGCUACCAGUCGUCCUCUCCACUGCACGGCUCCUCACCCAGCCGCCAGCAGCUGGGUCAGCCGGCUGAACCCCCGCGCCCCGCCAACGGCCAAAACCUUCCAGGGACUCAGAAAAGCGGACGCUCCUCCUCCACGGCAAAAUGUGGCAUCACAAAAAUCAACGGCCUGGUGCUGCUGUGUAAGGUGUGCGGCGACGUGGCCUCGGGUUUCCACUACGGUGUCCAUGCCUGUGAGGGCUGUAAGGGCUUCUUCAGGAGGAGCAUCCAGCAGAACAUCCAGUAUAAGAAGUGCCUUAAGAACGAGAGCUGCCCCAUCAUGAGGAUCAACAGGAACCGCUGCCAGCAGUGCCGCUUCAAGAAAUGCCUGAUGGUGGGGAUGUCUAGAGACUCUGUACGCUUUGGCCGAAUCCCCAAGCGGGAGAAACAGCGCAUGCUGCUGGAGAUGCAGAGUGCCAUGAACAACAUGAUGAACAACAGUCAGCUGCACAGCCAGCUUCACAGCAGCCAGACACUGCCUAUCGGCAAACCGCUGCCAGCCACUGCCACAGAAACUACCUCUGAGGAUGCUGGCCCCACCCCCUCUUGCCCACCGUCCAGCCAAUUGGACCCCGAACCCACUGUGGCCAUGGACACCAGCCCUAGCUCGUCCUCGCCCAGCACGUCGGACAGUGGGGAGGAGGAGGUGAUUGGCUCUGUGACCAGGGCCCACCAGGAGACCUUCAUGUAUAACCAGGAGCAGAGCAGCCUGACAGCUGAGGCCCCGCCCCCCACAGGCCUCUCAACCGGUGGCUCUGACAAAAACACCACUAACCACAGGAAUGAGGAGCAGCAGGACACCUGGAACCACCACAACAACCUGGUCACCAUGACAGCACAAGACCCCCCCUCCAGCCUUGGCCCCCAGGUUCAGGAGGACAACGCUGCCAACCACUGCCCCUUCAGACUGUCCAGGAGUGCCGCCACCACCAGCCACUGUCCAGCCUACACUCACGGAGCUUUCAGAGCUCCGUCCACCGAGGGCCUCGCCAAUGGAGUUUACAGUGGGCCCCUGUGGAGAGGAGGCAACAGAAUGUAUCUGGUUUGUCCAAUGAACACAUCUGCCCAUGUGGACCCUCAGAAGUCCGGCCACGAGGUGUGGGAGGAGUUUUCUCACAGCUUCACCCCGGCUGUCAGGGAGGUGGUGGAGUUCGCCAAGAAGAUCCCAGGCUUCAGAGACCUGUCCCAGCCUGACCAGGUCAGCCUGCUGAAGGCCGGCACCUUUGAGGUGUUGGUGGUCCGCUUUGCUUCUCUUUUCGACGUGAAGGAUCGCACGGUCACCUUUCUGGGCGGGAAGAAAUACAGCGUGGACACUCUGAGGGCCAUGGGGGCCGGGGACCUCCUCAACUCCAUGUUUGACUUCAGUGAGAAGCUCAUCAACCUGGGCCUAAGUGAGGAGGAGAUGAGCCUCUUCACUGCUGUGGUUCUGGUCUCUGCAGAUCGUUCCGGCAUUGAGAACGUGAACUCGGUGGAGGCCCUGCAGGAGACGCUGAUCCGCGCCCUGCGGAGCCUCAUCACCAAGAACCACCCCAACGAGUCGGCCAUCUUCACCAAGCUGCUGCUCAAACUGCCCGACCUGCGCUCGCUCAACAAUAUGCACUCCGAGCAGCUGCUGGCCUUCAAGGUCCAUUCCUGAAGUUUCCUUGAGUACUUGACAACCCGACACAAACUAUAACGACCUGUGACGGGACAGCGGAGGGCCGCACGGACCUGCGGCUCCGCCUCACCUCCCACCCAAACUACACAUGCACCUCCACACUUCUCCCAGGAGGCUUUGUCCCUUCAGUCUCUAAGUUGAACUAAAGCUCAAAGCUGACAUUUAAAGGGGGAAGAAGACCAUAAAAUGUUCUUGUACUGUACUGUACUGUAGGGCGUAACUGCCUGUGUGAUGGUAAUGCAUACAUACAGACACACUGAUUGAUGUAUAUGUUUCUUGUGUUUGUGUGUAGCAUACUGUAUGUUUGCAGUUGUACAAACGUUAGCACUUUUCUGUAUAGUGUAGACUGGUAUUUUUGCAUUCAUAGUGCAAUAUGUGACUGCUUUUUGAUUUGAGAUAUAUAGUGAGGAGUGUAGAAACUUGUGUAUACUUUUCAAUGGCACACGUUAAUCUGAAUAGGUGCUUAUGUGAUAAGGGGGAAGGUUGUAAACCUAAAAAAAAAAAAAAAAAACCUGACACAGACGACUGAGUUAGAAUUCUUUCUUUAAAAAAAAAAAAAGCCAAAAAAGCAGACAACAAUGAGAGGAAUGUGGAGUCCACCAGAGAAUGAAUCAAUGAAAGCAAAAGAGGACAAUGUCUUAUUUCAGGCUAUUCAUGCAUUUGUUUACGUGCUAUGCCAUUUGGUCAGUUGUGGGUAAUUUUUCUAAAUGUUUUGGGCAUUGUGACAAAUCAAACGUGUCAGUGUCACUCUGUUGACCCUUCCUAAGUCCUGCCUCUUGUUGCUAUAUGCUCCAGUUGAGUUGAGUAAGCCUUGGUUGACUUUUUCCUUUUCAACAUAGAUUAGCCUAGCACAUAGCAUAUCUAAGUACAGGAGAGGAGAAAGUUCACUGAGGGUUGCUCAGCUGUUAUUGGAGCACAGAGCAAAAAGUGGUGAGACUUAAGGGUCAAUUGUUGGCUGAUUUCUGCACAUGGAUCAUUGGAAAAGGAGAGGCACUGAAGCGAUUAAAUCGAAUUCUGGACUCGUUUGAGCAUCUUGGAGAUACAUUUUCCCCUCUCUUAUGUAUUUUUUUCUAAAAGAAAAAAAAACGUAUUUCUGAGUUCUCGGCGUAUGCUUUCCUGUGUGUCCCAGGUUGUGUUAAGUUUCCUAGCAGCUCAGCGCUCCAGUCAGACCCCAAUGUUGCUGUCGGACGCUGGGCGGCAGAGAAAAUGUCUCACAGGCACCAGUAUCUCCCAACUUGCUUGAAUAACCUUCAUUUCUGUUUUAUGAACUGUACAGACUUUAGCUGAGUGUAGUUAAACUGUAGGACUAUUCCAUAUAAAAUAUGAUUGUAAUAUCACUGAAGUGAUUGUAAUUUAAAGAAAUUGGAGUCGAGGAGACAGCUGAGUUGCUGGUGUUCAGAUAUUUUUGCGAUGCCAUCUUUUUGUUCCCUGUGGGUGAAUUCAGAAUGUCUGGCCUUUUAAUAUCCAGAGCUUCUGUCAUUGUGUUAACAGUGCUGAUAUGUGGUUCUGUUCCCCUCUGUGAAAGGAUUGCAGUAUGCAUAGAUUUCUAUAUAAAUACAUACAUACUAUCAUACAUAACUGUAUAGAUGAAUAUAUCUAUAUAAAUAAAUUUUAUAAAUGCAA